AAGCUCCUGCAAGGGGGCACUUCCCCUAGAGAGGAAAGCAAGGAAGCUAUUCAUGAGGGAAUCUCUUCUUAACCAAUGUUAUUUAGCCGGGUGUUACCCCAACCAGAUGUGAAUUUGCACCAUGAUGGAUAACGAAGAGUUGGCAGAGGAGAGGGACAUUGGGAGCCAUCACGAAACUGACCAGACAUCAUCUUCAUCAGUGAAGACUAAGAAUGACAGUAACAGGAAAAGGAAGAACGUCUCUGAGCAGAAGGGACAAGAACAAGAGAAGAAACCAAGAGCAGAAGCUCUGAACAGCCAGUGGGAGGAAGCUCAGCGAAAGGACCAGCCCUCUGCGUUAAAAGAGAAGAUGAGACCGCCGAGAUCCAAGGAGAAGCCGUUGCAAGAAAACGUCAUAAGCAGAAGCUCUCUAAAGCAAGAAGAGGCUGCUGAGAAUGAAGCCUCCAGCCAAAAACUGGAAGAAAAGUCCAAAGCUCCAGAGGAGGAGAAGGUCAAGCACAGACAGGUGGAGACUGAGCUCAUCCCAACCAAAACUCCAGCUUCAGGGCCAGCAAGCGCUCCCAGAGUCCUAGAGUCGGCUGCCGACAGUCCGGACUGCAACAGCCAGGAAGCUUCUCAUCCGGGGGAGCAGGAGGGUGAAGAGGGCCAGCCCAGGGAGGGGAGCACUGAAAGACCAGAGCACGCCCCGAAGAAAGUGAGAACUGGCCCUGAAGGGAAACUCCUGGUGACCGACGACAGAGACCUGGUUCCAAGACACCAUGGAACAAAAACCAAUGGGGUUGGUGAUGAGAACGCGGCCUUCUCUGGAGAGCUGGAUGGUUCAGCUGAGGAAGUGGACAUUAUAGCCAAAGGCAGAACAAAAGGGGAAGAGGGGGAGAAAAACACUGAGAGGGAGCCAAGUUCAUUCAUGCCUGAGGGGCAAAGAGGGGAGAAACGAGUCACAGACAGGAAAAGAAAAAGGGAAGAGGAAAAGGAGAGAGGGAGCAGGGAGCAGAAGGAAACUGAGCGGAGGAAGAAAGAGAUCAGAGAGCAGGGGAAACAUGAACUAAAGGAAAGUAAAGGGGGUAUGAGUAAGAAAGAGAAACCUAAGAAGGAAAGUGCUUAUGGGGAGGGAAAGGAUGAGGAGAAGAGAGAUGGUUCAGAGCCCAGUAAAGCCAAGAGGGAGAAGGGCAUCACUGAAGCCAUCUCUGGAAAGGGCGAAGGGCCAAAAGAGAUGGGAAGGCAAGAGGGUCACCCUUGGUUGGAAAGAGCAAAGGAGUCCAAGCAGAUGAAGAGUGAGGAUGAUGCAGAGGGAUUGGAUGGGGGUGCUGGUGAUCUAAGGGAAAAGGAAAAGCGAGGGAGUGAGACAGCAGGGGAGGUGGAGAACAGGGCCAAUACAGGGGAGGAUGAAAUACAGACAGAAAGAGGAAAGAACAGAAUGGAAGAGAGAGAAAGGGCAGAGGGAGAAGAAAAGCCUGCACAACGGCCAGCAAGAGCAGCAGAGGAUGAGGAGAAAAGGGAAGGUAAAGACAUAGAGGGAGAGAAAAAGAAUGUCAAAGCAAAUAAGGAAGUGAAGGCGGGAAAAAACCAGAAAGAGAAAAGGCAGGAAAAGAGGGAAGAAAAGAUAAAGGAAGCAAAAAACAAGAGGGAGAAAAGGGAAGGAGAGAAGAACAAAGAGAGUGAAGAAAAGACAGGAAGGAAAAAAACACAGAAGGAUAAAAAGGUGGAAGAUGAGAAAGAAAUGGAAAAGGCAGAAGAUGGGGCAAUUGACGAACAAGAGGGAAGGGAUGAGAAAGAGACUGAGAAUAGAGAUGAUGUGGAAGAAGAGAGGAAAAGAGAGGACAAAAGAAUGAAAGAUGAAAAAGAAAUUAAGGAAGAGGAGGAGGAGGAGGAACAAGAGGGAGAAGGAUGGGAAAGGAAUGAAAGAAUGGGAAGUGAACAGGAAAUGGAGGAAAAUAGCAUUAGAGAAGAAAAGGAAGAUCAGAUGGAGAAAGAUGAGAUGAGGGAAACAAAGGAGAAACAAGGAAAUGAGACGAACCAGGCCAAGAAAAAAAACAAGGAGAGAACAGCGAAAGAUAAAAAUAAAGGCACAGAAGAGAAGGGAAGAAAGAGCAAAGAGAAAUCCAAGGAGGUGGAGAAUGAGGGGGGAUCAAGGAAAAGGAAAAGCAAAGAGGAAGGAGACAAGAAGAAACACAAGAAAUUAAAGAAGGAGGAAGAUGAGAAGGAAAAGAAGAAAGAGGAAAACAAGUGGAAGUGGUGGGAAGAGGAAAAGACAGACGAUGGGGUGAAAUGGAAACAGCUGGAGCACAAAGGCCCCUACUUCGCCCCUCUCUACGAGCCACUCCCUGACGAUGUCAAGUUCUAUUACGACGGCAAACCCAUGAAGCUGAAUGUGGCCACGGAGGAGAUUGCCACCUUCUAUGCAAAAAUGCUAGAUCACGAAUAUACAACCAAGGAGAUUUUCCAGAACAAUUUCUUCCACGACUGGAGAAAGGAAAUGACCUCAGAGGAGCGGAAGAAGAUAAAGCACCUGGAGAAGUGCGACUUCAAAGAGAUGCACAAGUACUUUGUGGACAAAAAUGAGGCCCGGAAAGCUUUGUCCAAAGAGGAGAAACAGAAACUGAAGGAGGAGGCAGAUAAGAUCCAGGAGGAGUAUGGGUACUGCAUCCUCGACGGGCACCGGGAGAAAAUAGGCAACUUCAAAACCGAGCCCCCCGGGCUGUUCCGUGGGCGCGGGGACCACCCUAAAAUGGGCAUGCUGAAGAAGAGGAUCAUGCCGGAGGACGUCAUCAUAAACUGCAGCAAGGACUCUGAAACCCCCAAGCCCCCAUCAGGUCACAAGUGGAAGGAAGUGCGCUGUGACAACACUGUCACGUGGCUGGCUUCGUGGACUGAGAACAUCCAGAACUCGAUUAAGUACAUCAUGCUGAACCCUAGUUCCAAGCUAAAGGGGGAGAAGGACUGGCAGAAAUAUGAAGUAGCCAGACGUUUAAAAGAUGUAGUCGACAAGAUCCGCUCUCAGUAUCGUGCAGACUGGAAAUCCAGGGAGAUGAAGAAACGGCAAAGAUCUGUGGCCCUUUACUUCAUUGACAAGCUGGCCCUGAGAGCCGGUAACGAGAAGGAAGAAGGGGAGACUGCGGACACGGUUGGCUGCUGCUCCCUGCGUGUUGAGCACAUUAAGCUGCACCCAGAGCUGGACGGGCAGGAGCACGUUGUGGAGUUUGACUUCCUGGGGAAAGACUCGAUCCGGUAUUACAACAAAGUGCCUGUGGAGAAACCGGUGUUCAAGAACUUACAGUUAUUCAUGGAGAACAAAGACCCAGGGGACGACCUCUUUGACAGGCUGAAUACAACGGUCUUGAACAAACAUCUUCAGGAUUUGAUGGACGGGCUGACAGCCAAGGUGUUCAGAACAUACAACGCUUCCAUCACUCUGCAGGCGCAGCUGAAAGCACUCACGAACGCUGAGGACAACGUAGCAGCAAAACUCCUCUCCUACAACCGAGCCAACCGAGCCGUGGCCAUUCUGUGUAACCAUCAGAGAGCCACACCCAAGAGCUUUGAGAAGUCGAUGCAGAACCUCCAGGCCAAGAUCGACGCCAAGAAGGACCAGCUGGCCGAAGCGCAGAUCGAGUUGAAAAGAGCCAAGGCUGAUCUCAAAGCCAAAAAGGAUGUGAAAUCUAAAGCCGCCGUGGAGAAGAAAAAGAAGCUGCUGGAGAAGAUCCAAGAACAGCUGCUGAAGCUGAACGUUCAAGCCACGGACAAAGAGGAAAACAAGCAGAUUGCUCUGGGCACAUCCAAGCUGAACUAUCUGGAUCCCAGGAUUAGUGUGGCCUGGUGUAAGAAGUUUGGGGUGCCCAUCGAGAAGAUUUACAAUAAGACCCAGAGAGAGAAGUUUGCCUGGGCGAUUGACAUGGCUGACGAAGACUUUGAGUUCUGAGAAUGGGGCUUCCCACUGAGGAACGGAAACCCGUGUUACCUCUUGUUCUUCUGGCAGCUUUGGAAGUUUUUAUGUAUUGGGGAAAAUACGUGUAAUGGAAGAAUUUGAUACAUGUAUAUCAUGUCUUCUUUUGUAUAAAAAGAACCCCCGAGUUUAAAUCGGAAACACAGGUACCACUCCCAGUGGUACUAAUCCUGACUAUAGUGGCCUUAUAUAUGAACUUUUAGUUCCUUCUCUCUGCUGCCAAGUGCUUCAUGUCUUCUUUCCCCUUCAGUUCUGAGAUGACGGAGGUUAGGUACGAGUCUUAAGUAUGCAGUAUAAAACUACAUUAGAUUAUCUAAUCCCAUCUCCAUUCUCUGUAUCAGGGUGUCUCUACCCUUGCACUCUGCCUGAGAAUUAGCUUGACAAGAAACACUAAGGAAUGAUAGUGCUGGAACCAAGCGACUGGGGACACUGAAAGCAGCUGUAACAUGACCGAAGGGCUGUAGCAGGAGUCCUGGGUACACUGCAAGAAGGAAUAGUCUACAGAUUUCUAACCCUGUCUGAGCUGGAGUAAGAAUUACAGGAUAUUUUAUUUUCUCUAUUCUUUGGAAGGGGAAACUGGUUCAGAUGCACACAAAUAGUCAUGGUGAUCUAUAGGAAACAUUCGGUUUAUGGAGGGAGGAAAUGAUUGAAAAGGCCAACCAGCACUUAGGGUUGUUAUACAAUAGAUGGUUGAAACCCAAAGUGAAAAUCCUAUUGAUUUGAGCAAAGCCUGCUCAAAUGCACCUUCACUGUAUAACCUUGGUCUAGCAGAACCGUUCUCUGUGGCCCUGAUCCAAAACCCACUGAAGUCAAUAGAUGUUUUCCCAUUGACUUCAGUGGGCUUGGGAUCAAGCCGCAGGUAUCUUUAGACACCAUAUCAGUUGAUGCAAAUCUCACCGCACCCAUUCACUUUCAUAUUGUGGAAAGGUGUCAGGUCCAUGGUAGAGGUUGGAAAUGUUAGUAGGGGUCAUGGUUUUGCUGUAGAAACGACAGUAAGUGGCAUGUGACUUCACUGACUGAGUCCAUGUUUCUCACUGCUCUGGUGACAUAGGGCAGCAAGCUGCCCUCGCCACAAACCGGAUGGGGAUCUACUGUAGGCAAAGUACAGUAAAAUGAACAUAUUUGCCAUAUCACUAUUGAUCACUUGUUUUGAUACAAAGCACAAAGUUUUUUAUGGAUCUUGCAAGCAAUAAGCCUGAAAAUACUUUUGUCAGUAAACCUUUGUAUGCACAUUAAGGGUUAACCCUUCUACCACUCAGUGGAUAAAGUCCAUGUCACUGCGGUCUGGAGGUCCUUUUCUGCAUGUUGAUUUUCAGACCAUCGCUCAUGUGUUAACUUAUUUAAGUUCUCAUUUCUGUUUGAAGUUAGGUGCUUGAAACAUUUCAUUAAA